CUAUUCGGUGAAGGUAGGCACUUCUUAAUUAUUUUUUUAUCUUUAUGCUACACCGUCUAUGCGAAUUAAAGUUUAGAUCCCCUGCUUUAGAAUUGUCGUUGUCGUUUAAUAAAAAACAGGUUCUCUCUUCUAUUUCACGGUUCCUCCUACAAACCCUAAGCCCUUUAGUUGCCGCUGCCGCACAGCUCCGCUUUGAUUCCCCCAACGCAAUUGUCGUUCACCUUUGCCGCUCUAGGCAACUGUCGCGGUAGCUGUCGUUCACCAUUUCGGGCCAUCGCCUGCCCGUUGAUAUUGAACUCGAGGAGGCAAGUUGCCCGAAAUAGCUCUCUACCCCUCUGCCUAACUGCCUUAUCCGCGUCUCCGUUGCUGUUGUGUGGUUGAGUGGUUGUGUACGUGAAUACAUUCGGCAGGUUAAAGAAAGAAGGGGAUGGCGGACAGGUUGACGCGUAUAGCAAUUGUGAGCUCAGACAGAUGCAAGCCCAAGAAGUGCCGUCAAGAAUGCAAAAAGAGUUGCCCUGUCGUCAAAACUGGGAAAUUAUGUAUUGAGGUUACUCCUGCAUCUAAGAUAGCUUUUAUCUCUGAGGAGUUGUGCAUUGGGUGUGGUAUUUGUGUUAAGAAAUGCCCAUUUGAAGCAAUUCAGAUCAUCAACUUGCCAAAGGAUUUGGAUAAAGAUACAACGCACCGUUAUGGGCCUAACACCUUUAAAUUGCACAGGUUACCAGUCCCUAGGCCUGGGCAAGUUCUUGGAUUAGUUGGAACAAAUGGCAUUGGAAAGUCCACUGCCCUCAAAGUUUUGGCUGGAAAACUGAAACCAAAUUUGGGUCGCUUCAAUAAUCCUCCAGAUUGGCAGGAAAUCUUGACCUAUUUUCGAGGAUCUGAAUUGCAGAACUACUUUACCCGUAUCCUGGAAGAUAAUUUGAAGGCCAUCAUAAAGCCUCAGUAUGUUGACCAUAUUCCAAAAGCAGUCCAAGGCAAUGUAGGGCAGGUGCUUGACCAAAAAGAUGAGAGAGAGAUGAAAGCAGAACUUUGUCAUGAUCUUGAGCUGAACCAGGUUAUAGAUCGUAAUGUGGGGGAUCUGUCUGGUGGGGAGCUCCAGCGUUUUGCUAUUGCUGUUGUUGCAAUACAGAAUGCAGAGAUAUAUAUGUUUGACGAACCUUCGAGUUAUCUUGACGUCAAACAGAGGCUUAAAGCUGCCCAAGUUAUCAGAUCUUUGCUCAGGCCUAAUAGCUAUGUUAUUGUGGUGGAGCAUGACCUUAGUGUCCUCGAUUAUUUAUCAGACUUUAUUUGCUGCUUAUAUGGGAAACCUGGUGCAUAUGGAGUUGUAACUCUUCCCUUCUCUGUUAGAGAAGGAAUUAAUAUAUUCUUGGCUGGAUUUGUUCCUACAGAAAAUCUUCGAUUCCGGGAUGAGUCAUUAACCUUCAAGGUUGCUGAGACUCCACAAGAGAGUGCUGAGGAGAUAGAAACAUAUGCACGUUACAAAUAUCCAACCAUGACUAAAACUCAGGGCAACUUCAGGCUUCGUGUGAUUGAGGGUGAAUUUACAGAUUCUCAGAUAAUUGUUAUGCUGGGCGAGAAUGGGACGGGGAAGACAACAUUUAUUCGUAUGCUGGCUGGCCUAUUGAAACCUGAUACUGUAGAAGAUUCUGAUGUGGAGAUACCUGAGUUUAAUGUUUCUUACAAGCCCCAGAAGAUCAGUCCUAAGUUCCAAUCUACUGUUAGACACUUGCUACAUCAAAAAAUUCGUGAUUCUUAUACACAUCCUCAGUUUGUGUCAGAUGUCAUGAAACCACUGCUUAUAGAACAACUAAUGGAUCAAGAAGUAGUGAAUCUAUCUGGUGGAGAGUUGCAAAGAGUUGCUUUAUGCCUCUGUCUUGGGAAGCCUGCAGACAUUUAUCUGAUAGAUGAACCAAGUGCUUAUCUAGAUUCUGAGCAGCGUAUUGUUGCUUCAAAAGUCAUAAAGAGGUUUAUCCUUCACGCGAAGAAAACUGCAUUCGUGGUAGAGCAUGAUUUUAUAAUGGCAACUUACCUGGCUGAUAGAGUUAUUGUAUAUGAGGGAAGGCCAUCUAUAGAUUGUACAGCAAAUUCGCCUCAGUCCUUGUUGACUGGAAUGAAUCUCUUCUUAUCACAUCUAGAUAUCACUUUUAGGCGGGACCCAACCAAUUAUCGACCAAGAAUCAACAAGUUAGACUCUACCAAGGAUAGAGAGCAGAAGUCUGCUGGGUCAUAUUAUUACCUGGAUGAUUGAUGUAAUUAUUGGCAGUUUUACAUAGUUUUGACUCUGGCCAAAAUGCACGCCCUCUCAGGUAGUAUCCUGAGAUAUGCUUACGUUUUUGCUAACCAGAGACGUUGGCAAAGGUUUUCAUUUGAUUUGCUGUUUUUAGAUAUGCAGAAUUUGAUGGCAUCAUUCUGAUUAGUUUUGCAUCUAGGCCGAGUUGUUCUAAUAGUUGACAAAUGAAUGGAUGUCUUCCGGCUGUUGAAGAAAUAAACGUCUAUUUAUUUUGCCA